AUGCCACCGUCACAGUUGCACACCAUAGUCACACCCAACGUCCACUCCUCACCCUCCUCCCUGGCUGGGGGGGGGACGGGGCAGGCGGAGCAGCCCAGCCCAGUCUGUCUGCGCCUGGACUCUCCCCAGAGAAGCUGCAGGAUCCUCGUUCCCAUGGACGGGCCUCGCUGGACCCUGGCCGCGAACGCCUCGGCGCUGCCCCCCAACGAGACGGGCUGCGGGGAACAGGCCGACUUCCAGUACGUGCUGUUUCCCGUGGUUUACAGCCUGGUCUUCGUGCUGGGCCUGGCCGGGAACCUCUCCGUGCUCUGGUACUUCCUGCGCACCCGGACGGCCACCGCCCCGGCCAACAUCUUCCUGGCGAACCUGGCGUCCCUUGACCUGAUCUUCGUGCUGACCCUGCCCUUCCGGGUGGCCUACCACGCCCUGCGCAACGACUGGGUGUUCGGGGAGGCCCUGUGCAAGAUCACCGGCUCCCUCUUCUACGCCAACCUGUACGGCAGCUCCCUCUUCCUCACCUGCAUCUGCCUGGAGCGCUACGUGGCCGUGGUGCACCCGCUGCGCUCGCUCCGUCUGCGCCGGCCCCUCUACCGCGUGGCCAGCUGCCUGGCCGUCUGGGCCCUGCUGGCCGCGGCCGUGCUGUACCUGACACUGCGGGGCCCCCUGACCCGCCCCUUCCCCGACGGGCGCCUGGCCUGCCUGGAGAACUUCUCCAGCGACUCCUGGAAGGGCCGGAUCUCGGGCGUCAGCCUCUUCGCCGCCGCCGUCGGCUUCCUGGUGCCGCUGGCGCUCAUCGGCGUCUGCUACCCGCUCAUCGCCCGCCGGCUGCUGGAGACGCCGGGGAUGGCGCCCGGCUCGCGGGCUGCCCGGCGCAAGGCGCUGCGCACGGUGCUGGUCGUGCUGGUCGUGUUCCUGCUCUGCUUCGCCCCCUACCACGUCACCCAGGUGGUGCACACCCUGUGGCGCCUGGGGGCGCUGGAGGGCUGCCCGCUCCUCCGCGGCACCUACGCCGCCCGGCGUGUCACCAUGGCCCUGACCAGCCUCAACGCCUGCCUGGACCCGCUGGUCUAUUACUGCGCGGCCGAGCGCUUCGCCUGGAGCCCGCCCUGCAGCGGCCGGUGCUGCUGGGGGCGGCCGGCUGCCUCCGGGGACCCCCAGGGCUCGGGGCUGCAGGCGCUGGACAAUGGGGCCUCCCGGGGGGCCCAGGCCGAGACAGUCACCUCGUCCCACGGUGCCCACGGAGGGGCCUGA